AUAUAAAGAAGAACUGGAAUGAAUCUCAUAUCUCACUCAAACCAAACUCGACCAACAACAUUACACUUCAUCGUCCAAAAUAAUAAAAAAAGAGUAUGGCAACCAUUUCUUUCUCUCACAACCAACAACCCUCAGACAACCGCCGUGGCGGAUCCCACCACCACCGUCAUGGCCCUGUCGUGGAAGAAAUCGAAGGUCUCAUCAAAGUUUUCAACGACGGCUGCGUCGAAAGACCUCCCAUAGUCCCCACCGUCUCACCCACCCUUCACCCAUCUGCCAAAGCCACAGCCUUCGACAUCAAACUAUCUAACGACACGUUGAUACGUGUCUACAUCCCCGAGGCCGUAGCUUCGCCGUCCGUUACUCUCCCUCUCCUCGUUUACUUCCACGGCGGUGGUUUCUGCGUUGGCUCUACCGCUUGGAGUUGCUACCACGACUUCUUGACCAGCCUCGCUGUCAAAACACGUUGCGUCGUCGUUUCGGUAAACUACCGUUUAGCCCCUGAACACCGUCUUCCGGCGGCGUACGACGACGGCGUUAACGUCGUCUCGUGGCUAGUCAAACAACAUAUAUCUCACGGAGGAUACUCUUCUUGGGUGAGUAAAUGUAACCUCUCAAACGUUUUCUUGGCCGGAGACAGCGCCGGAGCCAACAUAGCUUACCAAGUCGCCGUUAGAAUCACCGCCAGUGGCAGAUACGCGAAUAGUUUAAACCUCAAGGGCGUAAUCCUGAUCCACCCUUUCUUCGGCGGUGAAUCAAGAACGUCCUCAGAGAAACAACAGCAACAUCACUCCAAGUCAUCGGCUUUGACUCUUUCUGCCUCGGACGCGUAUUGGCGCCUGGCUCUGCCACGUGGAGCGAGUAGAGACCAUCCUUGGUGUAACCCUCUGGUCGGCUCGACGGGGGUGAAGUUGCCGACGACGCUGGUGUUCAUGGCGGAGUUUGACAUACUAAAAGACAGAAACUUGGAGAUGUGUAAAGUGAUGAGAAGCCAUGGGAAGAGAGUUGAAGGUAUCGUUCAUGGAGGUGUUGGUCACGCUUUUCAUAUUCUCGACAACUCGUCGGUGUCACGUGAUCGAAUCCACGACAUGAUGUGUCGUCUUCACAACUUCAUACAUCCAUACUAAAGACCUUUUUUCGCAACCUUUAAUUAAUGCUGGACGUCGAACUAAUAAUUAAAACUAAAAAUGUUGUGUGUUUUAUUGUUGAUUAUAUAUAUAGUAAGUUGCUUUUUAGUUUUCUCAAUGGAUGUGAUUAGUAUAAAUUAGUACGAUUCCUCCUGUCAUGUUUGGAUCAAUUAUGUAAUUGUCAUAUAUAUUUAUAUAAGGUUUUGGUUUGUG